UUCAAACUUAACCCUCAGGGCCUCAAUAACGUAAAACCUCCCGGAGUAUGUCGACGUGGCAGAUAUUUGUCGAUGCUGGAAACACUUUCCGGUGGGAUAUCUCCGAUCUAUAUCGCGAGAAAGAGGAACCGGAAGAUUCCGUAUCUCAAGAACCUGCGAUCGAACAUCGCCUCCCUUCCAUGGCGGAUCUCUUACUUCAAGAUUGUUCAAAGUUACUGGAGAAUGGGGAGGGAAAUGCGGAGAGUCCACCCAUGUUUCGAACUGGACUCGGAAAAUCUGUUGCAGUGACGAAGUCUUCAAUAUCUAAAGCACGGUCUAUACUCGGAGAUGUAGAUAUUGAGGUUAAUGAUCUAGGUAUUUGUUUUGCCAUUUCAUUUUUUACAGUUUUUAUUCACAAGGCAGCUGAAAUUUGGGGACAUAAAUUGGAUCAGAGAAAAGCACAAAUUUUAAUGUUCUAAAUCUAAUUUGUUUUGAAAUUCGUUUUUUCCUUUGGUGAAACCAGCAUUAGGUUCAUUCACCUACCUGAUAAAUAUCAGCUUGACUUUUUCUUCGCGUCAUCGACAGUACUAUUUUAUUUCUAGCUAUAUGCAGCUUUCAUAGUUGAUUUUCAUAUAACUCCUCAGUUCUAAUAAUUAGUAAGAUUUUGAAACAGAGGGCCUCUCACAUGCUGAUGCUCAAGUCUAUUUUGGCUGAACUAAAGCCAAAGUUUCUAACCCCCUAAUAGUUCUGGGUUCGAAUCAUGGGUAUAUAUGUACAGGAAUCCUUAUUUUCUUUUCACAACCCACUUCGUUCAUUUACAACAAAAUCGUAUAGAUUUAGAUAUUGGAUUGGAUUGGAUUGGUAAGAAUUAAUUGAAAAAUAUAAUAUUGUAUUUUUAACAUUUGAAAUAGUGAAAAACUUAAAAAAUUAUUUUCCCACAUGUAAUUAUCAAUUAAGUCCUUGUUAAAUGGCCAUUAUUGAGAAAAAUGAUGUUUGAAUAGUGAUUUUUUAGAGAAUAUAUGGCUAAAAGUUACGAAAAAGUUGUGUUUAGGUGCAAAAUUUUAUUGUAUAAAUGUAUGAUUGAAAAUGAGAGUGAGAAUUAAAGGUUUUUGUUUUAAAGGGAGACAAACUGUAGCUAAAUAGAAAAAACAACUGAUGAAGGGAAAUUUUUUUGAAUGCAUUACUUUUACCUAGAAUAUUAAUUAACCAAAAAAAACAA